CAGCUCCAAUUCGAGAUGGGACAGCUUUACCUUAACAAGCCGCCCUCGAGGCACAACACCGACUGCCAGCUUCGAGACAGCCAUUGAGUACCUCUGCGGCCCUGGAGGUCUCUUGGUGAAGAUACGGGCGGUAUAGGCGCCAUUUCACCUUCAUUUCUGCAUCCGAAUUUGGCAAUCUGGUUUUGCUUAGAACAGCGCUGCCCUAAAGCGAGGGGCACUAAGCAGAGAUGCUGGUAUCGGGCUCACUGUCCACGAGCUGGACGGCCUACCUUGGCCUUUUGUCCGCUCUUUCUGCCACAUUUGUCCCGUCAGUCGCUGUCAAGGAGCAUGAUUUCAAAAAGUGCCAUCAAUCGGGCUUUUGCGCUCGUAAUCGAGCAUUCGCAGAUCACGCGCUCGCAACGACCUCGUGGCAGUCGCCUUACAAUAUCGCGCCCGAGUCCGGGUCGUUCAAGGACGGCCAGUACCAGGCCACCAUCCUGAAGACCAUCAAUGACAAAGGCGAGACCGUCCGACUUCCCAUCACCAUCUCGUUCCUCGAGUCUGGCACCGCGCGGGUCACGGUCGACGAAGAGAAGAGACAAAAAGGAGAAAUCGAGUUGCGCCACAAUAGCAAGGCGAGAAAGGAACGUUACAAUGAGGCCGAGCAAUGGGUUAUUGUAGGCGGUCUGACCCUGGACAAGGCGGCCAAGGUCGACUACGAGGACAAGACGCAAGUCACCGUCAAGUUUGGCCCGUCCUCGGAAUUCGAAGCCACCAUAAGCUUCUCUCCCUUUAGUAUCGACUUCAAGCGUGAUGGGCACACUCACGUCAAGCUCAACGACCAGGGCCUAUUGAACAUUGAGCACUGGCGGCCAAAGAUCGAGAAGACGGAAAGUGCAGCAAGCGAAGAGACUAAGGAGGGCGAGACCAAGGAGCAAGACAAGAAAGAAAAGCCUAAGAAGGAAGAUGAGAGCACCUGGUGGGACGAGACCUUUGGCGGAAAUACUGAUUCCAAGCCUCGUGGCCCGGAAAGUGUUGCCCUUGAUAUCUCGUUUGUUGGCUAUGAGCACGUCUACGGGAUCCCCUCGCACGCCGGCCCGUUGUCGCUCAAGCAGACCCGCGGCGGUGACGGCAACUACCAGGAGCCGUACAGAAUGUAUAACGCUGACGUCUUUGAGUACAUCCUCGACAGCCCCAUGACUUUGUACGGGUCCAUUCCCUUCAUGCAGGCCCAUAGCAAGGAUUCCAGCGUCGGCGUCUUUUGGCUGAAUGCCGCCGAGACAUGGGUCGAUAUCACCAAGGGCAAAGGCUCCAAGAACCCGCUUGCUCUAGGUACCAAGGCCAAGACGAGCACCCACACGCACUGGAUCUCGGAAAGCGGUCUGCUGGAUGUUUUUGUCCUCCUGGGGCCUACUCCCAAGGACCUUACGGCCAGGUACGGGGAACUCACGGGCACCACAGCCAUGCCGCAGGAGUUUGCCCUUGGUUACCAUCAGUGCCGGUGGAACUACGUCUCAGACGAGGACGUAAGGGAUGUCGACCGCAAGAUGGACAAGUUCAAGAUGCCGUAUGAUGUCAUUUGGCUGGACAUUGAGUACACGGACGAGAAGAAGUACUUUACAUUCGACAAGCACACCUUUCCGGAUCCGAUCGGCAUGGGCAAGCAGUUGGACAGCCACGGGAGGAAACUGGUUACCAUCAUCGACCCGCACAUCAAGAAUGUUGACAAUUACCCCGUCGUCGCGGAGCUCAAGUCGAAGGAUCUCGGCGUCAAGAACAAGGAGGGGAAUCUAUUUGAGGGCUGGUGCUGGCCAGGCUCAUCGCAUUGGAUCGACGCCUUCAGCCCGGCCGCGCGGGAAUGGUGGGCAUCGCUCUUCAAGUAUGACUCGUUCAAGGGCACCAUGGAGAACACAUGGAUCUGGAACGACAUGAACGAGCCGUCCGUCUUCAACGGACCGGAAACAACCAUGCCCAAGGACAAUCUUCAUUUCGGAAACUGGGAGCACCGCGAUGUACACAACUUGAACGGUAUGACGUUUCAGAACGCUACGUACCACGCUCUUACGUCGCGCAAACCUGGUGAGCUCCGGCGCCCGUUUGUGCUCACUCGGGCGUUUUUUGCGGGCUCACAGCGUGUUGGUGCGAUGUGGACCGGUGACAACCAGGCCGCGUGGGACCACCUCGAGGCGUCCAUUCCCAUGGUUCUUAGCCAAGGAAUCUCGGGCUUCCCCUUCGCAGGAGCCGACGUCGGGGGUUUCUUUGGCAACCCCGAGAAGGAGCUCCUGACGCGAUGGUACCAAACUGGCGCAUUUUACCCCUUCUUCCGCGGCCACGCGCACAUCGAUGCCCGGCGGCGCGAGCCCUACCUAGCCGGCGAGCCGUACACGACCAUCAUUGGCGCGGCCCUUCGGCUGCGCUACAGCCUGCUGCCGUCCUGGUAUACGGCCUUCCGCCAGGCGCACGUGGACGGCACACCCAUCAUCAAACCCAUGUUCUACACGCACCCGUCCGAAGAAGGCGGUUUCGCCAUUGACGACCAGUUCUUCGUCGGCAAUACUGGCCUGCUAGCGAAGCCCAUCACGCAGAAGGACAGGGUGGAGGUGGACAUCUGGAUCCCCGACUCAGAGGUCUACUACGACUACUUCACCUAUGAGGUGGUUCCGACAAGCAAAGGCAAGUCGGUCACUCUCGAUGCUCCUCUGGAAAAGAUUCCCCUGCUCAUGCGUGGCGGCCACAUCCUUGCGCGUCGUGAUAUUCCGAGGCGAUCGAGUGCCCUUAUGAAGUGGGAUGACUACACUCUCGUCGUGACCGUCGGGCGUGAUGGCAAGCUGGCGGAGGGCGACCUGUACGUGGACGACGGCGAGUCGUUUGACUACCAGGCGGGCCAGUACAUCCACCGGCGGUUCGUGUUUGAUGCUGCGGGGAAGAGCAUCGUGUCGGUCGAUGCCGAGGGCAGGAGUGCCAAGGAUGUGCAGGAGGGCGAGUGGAUGAAGAAGAUGCGCCAGGUGGGUGUGGACAAGAUUGUGAUUGUUGGUGCGCCGGCGGCGUGGGCGGGCAAGAGGGAGGUCACGGUCGAGUCCGAGGGCAAGACGUGGAGUGCCAAGAUGGAGUUUACGCCGGCCAUGAAGGGUAGAGGGGCGUUUGCGGUCGUCAAGAAGCUCGGGGUGAGGAUUGGUGCGGACUGGAAGAUCAGUUUUGCGUGAGAUGGUGAGAGCGUGCUCUGUCGACUUUUGUUGUUUGGAAUACUAGGAUUCAGAGGUUAUAUAUAUGCUUGAUUUGGUUCUGUGUACAAGCGGGUACUCUAUGUUCGUAAUGUCGAUGCCCAAGAAUAGCGGUGUUGCUUCAAGGAGUUUAAAGCGAGGACAGUUGGCACCUGUCCGCUCCCUUUGGCC